AUGUCGAUAUCGCGAAUAAAACACGCAGCUAAGUCGUUGAAAACAUUUCAAGGCAUACAGUUUGAACAAUGUCUCGAUGACGGAGAAAACGCAGAGAGAGUCGGAAAAUGGCUAUUAGAAGUUUCGUGGGAAGUCGCGAACAAAGUCGGGGGUAUUUAUACUGUGAUUCGUUCAAAAGUUCCAAUAACAAAAAAAGAAUAUGGAAAUAAUUACAUUUGUAUCGGACCGUACAAUGAUUCUUUUGUACGAACCGAAGUGGAAAUUGGAGAAUCAAGUGUUAGUGCGAUUCGAGAAACUGUCAAAGAAAUGCAACGAUACGGAAUUCAUGUUGUAACUGGAAAUUGGCUAAUUGAAGGUUAUCCACAAGUUGUUUUAUUUGAUAUUGGCUCGGCUGCUCAUCGCCUCGACGGUUGGAAAGGUGAUUUUUUCCAGUAUGCGCACAUCGGAAUACCUUACCAUGAUCGAGAAUCAAAUGAUGCUGUGAUAUUUGGAUUUUGCGUUUUUUGGUUUAUUGGAACGGUGAGAAUGAUCUUUGAUUUUCUUGAACAAUUGAAACACGAUAAACAUCGUUACGUUAUCGCACACUUUCACGAGUGGUUGGCCGGAGUGGGAUUAGUUAUGACGCGAUUGAGAGGAUACGAUUGUGCUCUUGUAUUUACAACGCAUGCAACAUUAUUGGGAAGAUAUUUAUGUGCAGGAAGUACAGAUUUUUACAAUAGUUUACCAUGGUUUAAUUUGGAUAAAGAAGCUGGUGAUCGACAAAUUUAUCAUCGUUAUUGUAUUGAACGUGCUGCUGCCUCGUGUGCUCAUGUCUUUACAACUGUCUCACAAAUAACUGGGGUUGAAUCUGAAUAUCUGUUACAUAAACGACCCGACAUUUUAACACCAAAUGGUUUAAGUGUUAAACAAUUUGCUGCAUUACAUGAAUUUCAAAAUCUUCAUGCACAAAAUAAAGAAAAACUAAACGCAUUCGUUCGUGGACAUUUUUAUGGGCAUUAUGAUUUUGAUUUGGAUAAAACUCUCUAUUUUUUUAUCGCUGGUCGAUAUGAAUUUUCAAACAAAGGUGCUGACAUGUUUAUUGAAUCGCUUGCCAGACUAAAUCAUAUGUUAAAAGCUGUUGGUUCUGACAUUACAAUCGUUGCAUUUCUCAUAUUCCCCACAUCCACUAAUAAUUUUAAUGUCGAAUCAUUAAGAGGACAAUCUAUUGCAAAAAUGUUGAGAGAUGCAGUGCAAAAUGUCCAAGGAGAAAUUGGAAAAAGAUUAUAUGAAAUCUGUCUCAAAGGAAGUAUUCCAAAUCCAGAUCAAAUUCUGAGAAAUGAAGAUCUGGUAGAACUAAAAAAAUGUAUAUUUGCAUCACAGCGUUCAUCUCUUCCUCCAAUAUGUACUCACAAUGUUGUUAAUGAUGCUACUGAUCCAAUAUUAUGUGCAUUGCGUCGUUGUCAAUUAUUUAAUAAUCGUUCAGACCGUGUUAAAGUUAUAUUUCAUCCAGAAUUUUUACGAUCAACAUCGCCUCUACUACCAAUGGAUUAUGAAGAAUUUGUUCGUGGUUGUCAUUUGGGAGUAUUUCCUUCUUAUUAUGAACCAUGGGGAUAUACUCCUGCUGAAUGCACAGUAAUGGGCGUUCCUAGUAUCUCAACAAAUUUAUCUGGUUUUGGCUGUUUUAUGGAAGAACAUGUCAGUGAUCCAGGUUCUUAUGGAAUUUAUGUUGUUGAUAGAAGAUACAAAAAUGCUGAAGAAUCUGUUCAACAAUUAGUUCAAUACAUGUUUGAUUUCUCACAAUUAGCCCGACGCCAACGUAUUCUUUUAAGAAAUCGAACAGAACGUUUAAGUGAAUUGUUAGAUUGGAAUACACUUGGAAUAUAUUACUAUAAAGCACGUCAAUUAGCUCUAGAACGAAUACAUCCGGAAAUACAUGAAGAAAUGAUGAAAAUUACUCAAAAUUUUUCAGUAUUACGUCCGUCGUCUGCUCCCUCUUCGCCUGGUGCAUCUCGUUCAUCGACACCUGCGCCAAUGGAUGAUGAUUUUACAGAUGAUGAAGAAGAGCAACAAUCGCCCGAGGAUCAAUCAGCAUAUCAACAUUCACCAUUCGCAAAAAUUCCUCGACCUCAAUCUGCGAAAAACCUUGUAGAUUCACCGUUUAAUCGACUAGAUGAUAACGAUGAAGAUGAUUCAAAUGCUGAUAGCGGUAUCAAUUUACAAUCGAAUCAUGGGCAGCAAACACUACGUGAUGACGUUCUUGCAGAUCCAACUUAUAAGAGUAGUGGAAAAUCACAAAUUUUACCAGAUUCAACAUUGGACAAACUAGGAUUAAAUUUAGGUUUGUAUUUUGCUAAAACAAAAAGGUUAAAUAAUGCGUCAAGAAACGUUGAAUAAAGAAAAGCCUAACUUUUUCCACAGAUUAUUAAUAGAAAUUUAACUUAAAAAACGAAAGAAGCACAGUGGGCAACCACAUGGAAAUUAGGCGAAAAAACAAAAGUGAGAUUUUUGGAAAUUCAGAUAAUGUCACAUAGACAGUAUUCAAUGGCCGAUUUAGUGGUGAAAAAAUUUUGAUCCACAUGCUU